AUGCGUCAUAGAGGACGCACCUCAUAUACAGAAUCUCAAGUCGAAGCCUUGGAAUGCGUGUUUGCUGUGAAUAAGUAUCCCGAUAUAAAUGAAAGAGAAGCAUUGGCUGACAUCAUCGGCAUACAAGAAGCUAGAGUACAGGUGUGGUUUCAAAACAGAAGAGCGCGACUUAGAAAGGAAAAGAACAAUAGACCAACUGCUGCAAAGGGUGUAACCCAUGUCAUGUUGACCAAGAACAGCAAGAAAACCUCGUCGAAAGAGAGCAAUAAAUCAUCACCGUCAGCUACUCGUUUACCGCCAACAACAACAGUUAUCUCGCCGAGUUGUAUCACAGAUAUUAAGCCACCAACCAGUUCUUCAUCACGUUCGUCGGCGAUAGGUGAUUCACCUUUUAAAUCCAACAUUAAUUUCCCGAAACCGCCAGUUGUUGAGGCAUAUCGAAUGUUCAACUGCAACAGAUAUCUGCCGCCGUUUUAG